AGUUUGCACUGCAGGAUCCAGAGAUGGCAUCAGUGAAGCUGGAAGACUGCAGUCAAACACUGGAGCUGAAUGUCAACAUUAAAGAUGAAGAAGAGGAGGGGAAUAUUGGGACAUCUGUUAGUCAUGGACGACUAGAAUUAAGUCUGAGGCCGGUAACAUCAAUAGUGAGGACAAACCCAGCCUGCCUCUCUCCUUCCACACUGAGUCCAAACCUACAGUCACUGAGUCCUGAUUGUGACAGUGGAGCCCAGUUUGCACUGCAGGAUCCAGAGAUGGCAUCAGUGAAGCUGGAAGACUGCAGUCAAACACUGGAGCUGAAUGUCAACAUUAAAGAUGAAGAAGAGGAGGAGAAGAUUGGGAAAUCUGUUUCUCAUGGAGACCAUGUUGAGACAUUCUCUACAUCUAGAGAGCAACAGCAGGAAGAUCACAGAGCUAAGAGGUCUCACCACUGCCAACAUUGUGAGGAGAUUUUCCCAUUUCUAUCAAAGCUAAAAACACACCUACAAAUACACGCUGGAGAGAAUCCCUAUUCCUGUACUGACUGUGGGAAGAGAUUCACAACACCAGGAGCUUUGGCAGUUCAUCAGAGAGUGCACACUGGAGGGAAGCCUUUCUUCUGCUCUGACUGUGGAAAGAGUUUCUCUCUACUGGGCAACUUAAAAACACAUGAACGUAUACAUACAGGAGUGAAGCCUUACUCCUGCUCUGACUGUGGACAGAGUUUCUCUCGACUGGGCCACUUAAAAACACAUGAACGUAGACAUAUUGGAGUGAAGCCAUACUCCUGCUCUGACUGUGUAAAAUGCUUCACAACAUCAGCUCAGCUAAAAGAUCAUCAGAGAACACACACAGGAGAGAAGCCUUUCUUCUGCUCUGACUGUGGAAAUAGUUUCUCUCAACUUUCCCACUUAAAAACACAUGAACGUAUACAUACAGGAUUGAAGCCUUACUCCUGCUCUGACUGUGGAAAGAGUUUCUCUCAAAUGGGCCACUUAAAAAGACAUGAACGUAGACAUAUUGGAGUGAAGCCUUACUGCUGCUCUGACUGUGUAAAAUGCUUCACAACAUCAGCUGAGCUAAAAGAUCAUCAGAGAACACACACAGGAGAGAAGCCUUUCUUCUGCUCUGACUGUGGAAAUAGUUUCUCUCAACUUUCCCACUUAAAAACACAUGAACGUCUACAUACAGGAUUGAAGCUUUACUCCUGCUCUGACUGUGGAAAGAGUUUCUAUCAAAUGGGAAACUUAAAAAGACAUGAACGUAUACAUACAGGAGAGAAGCCUUACUCCUGCUCUGACUGUGGAAAGAGUUUCUCUCUACCAGGCACCUUAAAAACACAUGAACGUAUACAUACAGGAGUGAAGCCUUACUCCUGCUCUGACUGUGUAAAAUUCUUCACAACAUCAGCUGAGCUAAAAGUUCAUCAGAGAACACACACAGGAGAGAAGCCUUACUCCUGCUCUGACUGUGGAAAGAGUUUCUCUAGACUGAGCCACUUAAAAAGACAUGAACGUAGACAUAUUGGAGUAAAGCCUUACUGCUGCUCUGACUGUGUAAAAUGCUUCACAACAUCAGCUGAGCUAAAAGUUCAUCAGAGAACACACACAGGAGAGAAGCCUUACUCCUGCUCUGACUGUGGAAAGCGUUUCUCUCGACUGAGCCACUUAAAAAGACAUGGACGUAUACAUACAGGAGUGAAGCCUUACUCCUGCUCAGACUAUGGAAAGAGGUUCUCUCUACUGGGCAUCUUAAAAAGCCACCAAGGUAAACAAAGUAGAGAAGCCUUGCCACUGAUCUGACUGUAGAGAACACACAAAGAACUGAACCUUACUUCUUCCUUGAGGUUUUUAAGCUAACUAGCACAAUUGUGGUUUUUUUUAUAUUACUAUAUUACAGAUAGCCAGGGGUGCACUCCAACACCAACACCAUUUACAAACAAAGCAUUUGUGUUUAGUGAGUCCGCCAGAUCAGAGGCAGUGGGGAGGACCAGGGAUGUUAUCUUGAUAAGUGUGUGAAUUGGACCAUUUUCUGUCAUGCUAAUCAUUUCAAAAAAUGUAAUGAGUACUUUUGGGUGUCAGGGAAAAUGUUUGGAGUAAAAAGUACAUGAUUUACUUUAGGAUUUUGCAAAAUAAAAGUAAAAGUUGCACAAAAUAUUAAUAGUCAAGUAUAGAUACCCCCCCAAAAGUACUUUACACCCCUUCAUGCCUCCAUGCUGUGUGUCAGCAUUGCAGGCUGGUGGUGUGAUGGUUGGGGUGUGUUUUCAGGGCACACAUUGGGCCUCUUGAUAAAAGCUGAGCAAUGUUUGAAUGCCACAGGAUAUCUAAAGAAUUACUGCCAAUCAGGUGCCUCCCUUCAUGGCAGCAGUGUAUCCAUCUGCAAGUUGUUUUCUUCAGCAGGAUUAUGCCACAAGACUUGUCCAGGAAUGGUUCCAAUAACAUUACACUGAAUUCACUGUAAUUGUGCAUCUGUGGGAGGAGAUGGAACGAGCUAUUCAGAGUAGAUCCACUCCCAGCCAACUUGACACAAUUGUAGGAAGCAUUAGAGUCAACAUGGACCAGCUUCCCUGUGAACUGCACACAACACCUUGGACAGUCUAUGCCCUGACGAUUUUAGGAUGUUCUGAGGAUAAAGGGGGUGCAACUCUAUUAGGAAGGUGUUCCUAAUGUUUUGUACACACUGUGUAUAUCAGAUAAAGAUGGUCUGAUGAUCAGUUUUCAGCUUUAGUUCGGGUGGAUUAUUUUAUAUUACUAAACAACUUUUGUUUAAUGAUAAACAGGCUAUGAAUCAACUACUUGUGUUUAUUAAAUUGUAUUUUAAUAUUAGAUUUAUUUUAGUCAUUGAUGAUGAAUGUAUUUGAAUAACUGUAUUGAAGUCGAUUGAUCUGGUGGCAGGUAGCCAGCGGUUAAGAGUGUUGGGCCAGUAACUGAAAGGUUGCUGGUUUGAAUCCCGAGCCGACUAGGUGAAAAAUCUGGCAUUGUACCCUUGAGCAAGCCAUUUAACUAUUAUUUGUCCUGUAAGUCUCUCUGUAUAAAAACAUCUGCUAAAUGACAAGAAUGCAAUGAAAAAUAAUGUUUGUACAUGAAUUCAUGCUGGGCAGCCACUUUUUUUCUCAUGUAUAUAAUUAAAUGAAAUAAACUGAAGUGACAUACUGUAUAUACAAUACACAACAUUACCACUUUGUUUACCCUGGUCAGAGGGACAGGGCCAUAGUAAACUAGACUGUGUAACUGCUGUUGUUAGUAGCCUACAGUUUCCAUGUAAUACAGCAUGUCAGAUCACUAAUGAUUAGGUGUAUAGACUGCUACAUUUAUGCAAGAGUUUUUGCUUGUGUCUAUCGGGAGAGAUGUGUUAUCAGCUUGUUAAAUAACUAAUGGUGGGAAGUGGAGAGGCGUCUCUAACUAAAUGUAGCUCCAAAGGAACUCUAAUUAAAGGAAUAGUUCAAUCAAAUUACAAAUGUCCACCUUGGUUUCAUCACCCUGUAAACAAUCCAAAUAAUGUGCACUUCAGCAGUGAAGUUCUGUAGAUGGAGGACUUUCAGUACAGCAGUGUUCCCCAAUCCUGGUCCCAAAGGGGUGUACAUGUGUGUUUUUGCCCUCACACUCACAUACCUUAUUCAAUUCAAAGGCUUGAGUUGUUUAGUUGAAUCCAGUGUGUGAGUGUUAGGGGCAAAAACAAAAAAGCAUUCCCCUUUGUGUCCCCUGGACCAGGAUUGGGAAACACUGCAGUACACAGCAAAAAGUGUGAUGAUUCAAAAUAUUAUAUCUAUUUUACAGUUUGAAGUCCUGUAUGUAAAAUGACUUGGUUUGUAUUCAGGGGAUGAGGUAUGUAUUCAAGUGUGUGCUCAAGAUUUGUGGUGUUUACUCAGGAGAUUAAUCUCUGAUUUUGGCAGCGCCAUUCUUACACCUUCGCAGCAUUGCACUGUGGUUCUUCAAUGUUUUCCUGCUGCUGUUCGAACGGAUAAAACAUUUGUGGAUCUUUAGAAAAAUGUCUCCUGUAUCUGUCGUUUCCAUCACGUUGCAAUGAUUGUUUUGCUAAAUGUUUUUGUUGUAGACUUGGCCCAAUGGAGACCUGUCCAGUGAUGCCAUCUCUAGAUCCUGCAGCGCAACAAGUCUCCACUGUCAAUCAGGACCCAGUGACUGUAGGUUUAGAAUCUGUUUGGAAGGCAGUGUGAAAGGAGAGAGGCAGGCUGGGUUUGUCCUCACUGUUAACCUGUCAACUCUGUCUGAGAUCAACCUCCUCCCUUAUGCAGGCCACACCCCCUCCCAUUGUUACUGUGUGUAUGAUCACAUUUUGAACAAUGGCUUCCUAAAAUGCGGUGGUGCUUACUAACCCAAUAGGAAAGGUUCUGGUAGAUGUGGACCAUCACACGUGAGGUCACAGCUCUUUCACUCUAAACAUUCAUAUCAAUGACUCACCCUCAAAUGGACCAUCAAUACCAGAGUUCUCCAAUACUAUUUACAUAAUCAACUGGGCAUUACAACAGUCUGACCCUCAAUAUAGUCCUGGGUAUAUAUUGAGCUCUAACAAUGGGUCAUGGAAAAGGUCUGUUGAAAUGAAUACUGUAGUGAUGUGAGAAAGGUAACACGAGCUUCCUCUCUGGUUCCAUUCCCCCAAUAGUAACUGGGUCAUUAUUGGAUUGUGGUGGUAAUGCUGUCCCUGGACUUUAGCACCAUAAAAAGACUAAUAAUGCAUUACAAUACUAUGCUGACAUAUGAGAUGGUUUUAAGAAGGUCGUACCAUGGAUUGUUUAGAUCAUUUAUUUUGUAUUUUAGGACAUUAGGUAUAAUCAUGAUUAAAAAUGAUUUGAUAAAA